GCAACACAGAGCUGGCAGGAGACCCAGCCGCCCGGCCAUGCGUCCGGUACGAGGGGCUUUCAGAGAGACACCGGUCGGCACCAGCGGGGUUUCUGCUGAUCCUCAGCGAGUCCGAGCGCGCCGUAGAGCGGCUUCCCUGCCGGCGGAGCUCCGCGGGGUUGAGUGAGUUCAGCCUCUCAGCGAAAAAGCUGGAAGGUUCCGGGCUGGAGGCUGAACGGUUUCCGGACGAAAUGGUUCGCAGUCAACGGCAAACAGGUGCAUGUUGUCCUUCUGAGCUUGCGAUGAUUGGAUGAGCUCACGGCCAUCAUGAAGAAGAGAGCCAAAAAAGCGCUGGAGCAGGGCGAUCCGCUGUGUUGCUGUGAGUAUGUGAACCGUCACGGUGGGAGGAGCCAUGUGGCAGCGUGCUGCUGCGACUGCGAGGAUCUAGACGAAGCCUGUGACAGGUGGAUGAAGAGAGAGCCUCAAAAUCCAGACUCUCUGUCUCGAGUGGUGGCCACAGUGACCGAUCGUCUGCGAGUGCCCUGGAUUUCAGGGGCUAAGCGAGUUGACCUAUCUUUGAUCCCGCCUCUUAUCCUACUUCCUGUCUUCUUGCACAUCGCCGCUCUGCAUUACCUGCUGGGUAUCGUAGUUCUAAUAGCGCUACCCGGCAUGGUGCUGUGGUAUUACUAUUUCACCCACCGCAAGAAAGGACGCACUCUGUUCUUCCUCAGCCUGGCACUCUUUUCGCUGUUCUACAUGUACUACCUCUUUGUCUCUGAGGUUGUUCCACGAGGCGAUGUCAGUAAUCUACAGCUGGGUGUUGUGACUAUAGGUGUGGUCCUUACACUCAUCACCCUGAUGUAUACCAAGCGAGGGCCAGGCUAUGUCAGGCCCCGCCCCUCUGAAACUCACAGCACAGUGACCUAUCACAGCCCUCCACCAGACAUUGACUCCACCUACCACAACGGGUCACGACACCAGGUGGUGAUAGCCAAUCGCGUAAGUUCUCCAGAGCAGAGUGCUGAAUCUGAAGCAGAUCCAGGCAGUGCACUGCAAAAGGAUGGCGGAAGGAAGAACUGGUGUUCGUUCUGCAGGAUGGUGAAACCUCCGAGAGCGGGACACUGCAGGAUCUGCGGGGCCUGCAUUCUACGGCUGGACCACCACUGUGUCUGGAUUAACAGCUGUGUGGGACAGGCCAAUCACCGCAGCUUCCUGCUGAUGCUCCUGCUCUUCCUGUCGACGUCCCUGUAUGGGAUCAGCCUGGUACUACGCAGUGUGUGUCCCACACAGAGUGCACUGACCGCUCUGUUCUACUGCCCUGACGUCUACAGCCAGUACAGCUCGGCUUUGUGCUUCACCUGUGCCUGGUACAGCAGUAUUGUCACGGGAGGGCUGCUCCACCUGCUGGUUCUGCAGCUGAUCAAUGUCAGCUACAAUGUGACGGAGCGAGAGGCUCGCAUUGCUCUGAGGGAUAAAACAGGACGCAGUCUUUUCUGGGGCCUUGUCAUCGAGACGGGCGUCUACUCCCGCGGUUUCUGUGGCAACUGGACAGAGUUCCUGACCAUGGGCGAGACACUGGAGCCGACUGCCCUCAAACCAGCAGACCUGGUGUAGAGUUCGCAAUCCAGCCAAUCUGAGACUUAUGGGGGGUGGUGAAAAGUUGUCCUGUUCAAGGGUCACUCGCGCACUGAUUAAUUGCCGUCCCAAGGUCGGUUUUAUUGCCCUGAUGAUUGCGGCCAAGGUGCAAAAGUAUUGAUAAAUCAAUUAGUUGUGGCAGAAAGUCUUUUUUUACCCACUAGAUGGCAGCAUUAUGCUAUAUAUUUCAUCUGGCUAUAUCCAAAUCACAAUGCAUCAUCAGUAAAAGCGGAGAGGAUAUGGGUGGUGAUCUGCCCAUGAUGUAGCUAAUUGGUCACCAGUCCCAUCAUCUGUGAGUCAUAAGCCAUAUAAAAUACAACAUGAACCCAUAAUGCGGUGGAUGUAAUGCAAACCUGGACACCUUAUUUUCAGAGCUGCUCUGUGUUGAUGCUGCUCUCUCUGCUCCCCAGAAUUUAAAGUGUUUUAUCAGUGUCGUGCACACAUAGUUUUAUGAUCCAACUUGAUUUAGUGCCUUGCAAGGACAUGGAAAAAUGGGUGACCGCACAACAAUGUGUCCACGUCCAGAAUUACCAGACAGCUUUUAACUUCUAAUGGAAGCAUGCUGAAUGUUCUGUUAGGAAGGCGACAGAUGUUGUCAGAGGACAUUGUGUGUGUGUGUGUGUUUGUUUUGUGUUUUUUUUUAUGUUCUUCAAAUGGGGACGAGUCUUUGAUAUUUAUCAAACAGCUAGCCAAGUUGCGAUGCUUAGGAAACUGGGUCACAAUGAUUAGCAUCACAUCUGUGAAUCAAAAGGGGGCUUCAUCCCAUUCAAAGCCUCCAGAAAAACAGAAGUGUUAAAAAAACUUACAUAUUUUGUGUCUCAACCAUGCAGUGUUUUCUUAGAAGGGGUUUAUUCCCAUCUGUGUAUCCUAAUGCAUCAGUGACAAGCUGCUCAAUUUGAUUGUGACUCACAGAAGCAUAAAUAAAAGAG